CAUGCCCUAACGCACCACCCCACAAUUGGAGAGCAGCACCCCCAAAAAGUUCGCUUCCCGCCAGUCCUGCGAUACCCUCCUGCCGAAACCCUCCGUCCCGAAACAUCAGCUCAGCAACAGCCAGCACCAGCAAGCCGUCAAGAUGGGUCGCGUUCGCACCAAGACCGUCAAGAAGUCCGCCAAGGUCAUCAUUGAGCGGUACUACCCCAAGCUGACGCUCGACUUCGAGACCAACAAGCGGUUGUGCGAUGAGAUCGCCAUCAUCGCCUCGAAGCGCCUGCGCAACAAGAUUGCCGGCUACACCACCCACCUGAUGAAGCGCAUCCAGCGCGGCCCCGUCCGCGGCAUUUCCUUCAAGCUGCAGGAGGAGGAGCGCGAGCGCAAGGACCAAUACGUCCCCGAGGUGUCGGCCCUCGACUUCUCCGAGGCAGGCCAGCUCGACGUCGACGCCGAGACCAAGGACCUGCUGAAGCACCUCGGCUUCGACUCGAUCCCCGUCAACGUCAUCCCCGUUACCCAGAACCCGGUCGAGCAGCGCGGCGGCCGGCGGUUCGGCGGCCGCGCUUAAUCGCGAGCUGCCUAAGCGCGUCCUUCUGCGACAUAUUGACGGGUUUAUGCGGAGGGGAGACACAUACAUACCAUCUCACGACGGCACAAAAGCGGACUUCGGAUGCGGGUUCUGGCAUUUCAUGGGCAUGGCUACACGGCGUCUAUCUGGGAGGUGGUGACGGCAGCGUGCUAGAUUCUCGAGGAGAAAUCGAGAUCGUUUGCCCAGGCAAGGUGUCGCCGAUUCCCUAGGGUAAUUCCGGGGAUGACGCUUGAUCGCCAAUUUCUUGUCCCCUGGACGGUGCAUGCUGUU